AUGUCUAUUGAGGACUACGCAACCACUACCAAGCCGCCAUACGAGGUUCUCGGGUUCCCGUCUGCCACGGCGUUGGGCGUCAACGUCGAAGCGGCUAGGAUCACCGGCAAGAUCACCACGACUAUAUACUCGCAGAAAGACGGUCCAGAAGCCUUGUUCAUCAACAACGUCCAAGACAUCUUACAUUCGCUGUACGAAGUUGAAAAGACCAUGCCGGCCGAGUACUCGAUGGAAAUCAAGCCAUCCGGCCUGACCGUGGCCGGGCGCCCGUUUAUGGAAGCACCAACCACGACAUCGAGGACCAGCUCCAGUUUGUAUACCUCUGUGUACUCAGCGGUGAUUCAUACUGUUCGACCUAUUCUGUUGUACAUGGCUCGCAACAGCCGAGACCCCGAGCGAGAAGGUUCCCGGAACGAAGUGAGCCCGGCACUGGUUCGUCUCGCAGAGAUCUGCGUUGAGGCCGCCAGUAAGAGUCUCGUCAUCUUGCAGGAACUUCGGAAAAAGGAGAUUCUUGCAAAAAAUGCCUUCUUGGACCUUGACGCAACCUUUUCCGUGGGGUUCGUCUUCGUCCUGGUCGAGGCGAUCAACCCAGGAAAAGGCCUCGGUUUUAAGGGCAUCGACGGGUCCAGGGCUAUCCUCCGGUACCUCGUCACCCUGGGUAACCGAGCCGCGGGGAACCGCCUCGCCGAGCUCGACCAGAUGUGUACGCAUCUUGCGCUGCCAAUCCAUCAGUCAGCCGGUCAAACCCCGCAAGAGUCAUUCAUGGACCUUUUGACGCAGACAUUUUCUUUUUCGAGCGGUUACGGGAACGUCGAUUCGGGUCCUGAACGGGCAUCAGCUGGCGUCGAAAACGUAGGCUCGGGCGUCGAAGGGGAUAAUAACCGGCAGGGAGAUGCAGGCGCGGCGGCGGAAGCCUGCAGCGACGUUGGCCAGCACGACUUCGGCUUCAGCGGCGCCGACUUGGCAAGCAUACCUCUCGAGGGCGAAAACAGCCUCUACUGGGUUUACCACACCCCGGGGUUUUUGUUUACUGGCGUCGAGCAGACCGACUGGGAGUCAUUGGAAAAUCAGAUACCGUGGGGCAGCCAGCAUUGA